AUGAAAGAAGUUUCUCCAUUCCAGCGUAAGUUCUGUUCAGCAUCAUUGUUACAGCUUCAAGUAGACUUCGUAAAACAUCAAGUGACGGCGGUAAAGGACCUGAUUCGUUUUGUCAAAUACUGGAGCAAGGAAUGCUUUCAGGAUUAUGCUGCUCCCAACGUGAGGCUGCCGUCCUCCUACCUCCUGGAGCUUCUUUGUGUCAAGGUUUGGGAAAUGGCGGGGAGACCCUCGUUCAUGGACAAAAGAAAGGGAUUAAAGGCUGUGAUGUGGCUACUGAUCACAAAAAAACACCAACGAGUGAAGGGGCAAAAAUAUUACAACCCAAGCAAAUAUCCACUUUCUUCCACUUUUCGCCUGUUUGUUCAAGAUCCUGCCAACCCAUUCAAUGACCUGUGCAGUGACUUCGAUGCGCCCAGCUGGGGCAAAACUCGCCAGGUAGCUAACAUGACUCUUAAAAUGCCAUUGCUCAAAGGACUACACACGGAUCAUCUCUGUACAAGAAAAAAUGUACUAGGAUAUUGUUCUUAAACUACCAAAUGCACCCAAUAACUAGUUAAGAUAUGAAAUGAGUAUGCAAAACAAUCGCUCUAAGACCGGUGUGAUUACAUUGAGAGGUCAUCCAUUUUAAUUAUCAUUAUCAAACAGGAGAUAAUUAUAGCAUGCGGGUAGACACGAACGCUUUUAGACAAGGAGCCUUUAACGAGUACGCCCUGAUGCUAAAUGUGUGUAAAUUUGGUGACAGUUGGUGGUGUCAUUUCAAUUUAAUGGACAUUUCUUUACCUCUGUAAAAACCACAGUGAAACGUUGGAUUUGAGGGGGUAUAUGUCAUAAAUGUCAAUAGAUGGUAGUUAAUAUUGAUAUCUGUACCGCUAGUUUGUAUUUUUUGUACCACUAAUCAUUUUAGUUAUGGUAUCUGGAAUGAAAAUCACUAUU